AUGGCAGACGAUGUGGACGUAUGUGCGAUAUGUGCUGAUAAUUUCAUUAUUAACAGCAAAGUAAUAAAGUGCAAGCUGUGUGUGAAAUCAUUCCAUCCUGUGUGUGUUGGGUUGAAGGAUCUAAUCUGCAAGUAUCUGUGUGAGUUUGAUAAUUUGAUCUGGUUUUGUGAUAACUGCAAACAAGUAGGAAACUCUAGCGUCACUAAAUCGCAGCUGGAUGUUAAUAAUGACAGUAAUUCGCAUAUGUUGAUACUGCAAAAAGAAAUCGAAUGUCUUAAUAGAGAGAAAGAUAUCCAGGCUAAAUUAAUUAGCGAACUCGAGUCUUCCUUGGAGUUACAUAAAUUCAAAUCCGAUACGUUACAAAAAGAGCUCAGUGAGGCAAAAAGUGCUAUUGCUCCAGUAAAAAAUAUUGCUAGCACGAACACGUAG